CCUCUUUCGGGUUUAGCCACCGUUACAUCCAAGCACACAACGUUCGGGAGCUUCCUUCUGUAAGUGUCGGAGGCACCGCAUGAUGUUCGGAACUAUUGGUCACUCAGCCCCAUGCAUAGGAAGCAGGUAGCUUCAUUCUGUGUUAUGACGGAACGGCAGCUUGGGUUGCCUAGCCCAAGGUGAAAGCUGGGUGUUGAUUACAUUUUCUAGAUAAAUAGGAUCGCGACAACCGGUUGGGCCUCUCGGCAACACCAAACACCGCGGACACGGCACUUCUCAACAUGGCUCAAAACAGUCAGACAACGCCCGCUGCCGGGAGAAACUCAGAGACAUCAUCCAUUGAGGAGGUAGACCGAGGAAGUAUUCGAGUUGUUCCACAGGGUAGCGUCGAAAUCCAACCGCCGUAUGUUACGAUUAACAGCGCACCUUGGAGAGCUAGUACGUACCUCCAGCCGGACGCGAUACUUGUUGGCUGACCCACGGGCAGUUUGGGGGUUCGGCUUGCUCGCCAUCGUAGACAUGGCUAUGAACGCCGGUGCCGGCGCCGCGGCGGCCAAGGUCGGCUCUGAGCUGAACGGGGUCGCUGCAUCGACCCGGGCCAUCCAGUUGGGCGCCCUCACCGGGCUGACAAAGGCCGCCCUGACAGCGUUCCGGGAGAUCGUCCUCAUGAACGGCGCCAACAUGGUCUUCCGCGUCCUCCUCUUUUUGAUUACGUCCUCGUUCGGCAUCUGCCCCCUUUUGAUGACGGAGGUAGGUAACAUACUGCUUGAAGAGACGCCUAAAGAGCUCGUGGUUGCGGCAGUCGUCGCAGCUGUUCCACUGUUCUUUGAGGCAGUCCGCGACAUCAAGCCUAAGCCUGACGGGGACGGGGGCGUGGACUACUUUCGCUGGGUGAACGCCAUAUUCCUUGUUGCUACAGACGCGCUUGGCGGCUAUGUCUUUGCCCGUAUGGCUGCAAACCAAGGCAUUCCCAUCAGCAACUACCACGCGGCCUGCUCGGCCGGUGCCGUCUACGGCACCCUCACCUUCCUGUCGCGCGCCAUGACCGGCUGCGUGGCCCUAUUCCGUUUCCAUACCACCGACGGCAAGGUCUCGGACAUAUUCGGCGUCUGGGAAGCCGUCCUCCCGGACAAGAUCAUCGUCACCGAGGAGGAGUAUCUGCAGAUGCAGCGAGGUCUGGCGUCGACUCUCGAGCGAUGCUUCCGCGCGGGGCCCCGCAUGCUGAGUUCGCUGUUCAACUGCUGCUGCUGCUGCUGCUGCUUUUUCAACAACAGAGGCCGCAAGAUGGUCAAGGAAAUGCGUGAGGACAUCUUUGGCGAUGAUAACAUGUUAGAGCAAGCCCAGGAUGGCGGGAAGGUGAUGGCGCGGGGCCUGUUGAUUGCAAUGACUGGAAACCCGCAGCAUAGAGCGGAUUCGCUAUUGAGAUAGAAGUUGAGGCCCGUAGUUGAUCGUUUGCUGCUAAUAGGCUGCCAGUUUCAGUAAACACCUCAACACCAAGGUCCAGCAGUGCUGUUGGAAUAGUGUGCAACCUGAAUCCCCUUCGCCUUUACUCCUCAUCUUGAACUCGGGCUCUACUCGUCUCCUCCACGAGCCACAUCAGGAGUAGGGGGUUUCACUGGAAUAGGUUAUUGAUCGUGCAGUGUAAUUACUGGUGACCGGCAGCUGUCGUCUAGUCGAUGUGCGUUGGCUGUGGACGUGCUUCUACAUAGACGAGCACAAGAGAAGAUGGAUUUCCUAUUCUACACUGCUGAAUAUGCAGAUAAUACGUCCCGUUCUCCAUCAUCAGAUAUACGGGCGGGUAGUCUAAAGACCUAGUCGCUCGCUCGUCUUAGAACUUCUUGCGCUCGCGCCUUUGAAGUCGCAUAUAACUUUACCCGGCCUCUCUCUGCGUCCCC